CUACCAUGGUGCGAACUGUGCGCCGGCUGGCAGCGUUAAAUUAGCCCUGUGCGGCGUCAAAUGAGUUCUGAAACCGAACGCGGAAGGUUGUGCCCUCAGAAAAGAUACAAUUUGUGGGUUCCCCGAAAUCGAGUCGCUCGAAAGAUCCCCGGGCUCUGCGUCUCCGGCAGGAUAAUAAAGCGUGACGCGUGUGCGUAACAUAAAAAUAACCAUAAAGCAAAUGCUCUCCACUCCGGGUGGAAUAAAUGAAGUGAGGUAAAGUGAAGUGAAGCAAGGGAAAGCCAGAAACAGAAACCGACGAAGGCAAACGGCGGAAUUCCUUCAAAAAAUCGGCAAAUAAACAAGAAGAAAAGAGAAGCACACACCGGUUUUGUGCGAAAGAAGCGAAGGAAGUACGAAGUGAAAUCAAAAGAAUUCUUCGCUUCGAAAUGGGGCUGAACGGAAGACGAUUGUUCAGCUGCGGCCUGGGAUUCUUCUGCCUGAUCUUGUGCUCUUACGCCGCACCCUUAUCUUUUGAGGAUGUGAGCAUCGCAAGUGGUCUCCAAUCCGCGAUAACCAUCAAGGAACAGAGUCCUUUGCAACUGCCCUGCGACUACCAACUGCCGGAUGAGUAUCUCCAGAAGAACAGCGUCGUUCUGCGCUGGCGGAAGGACAACAAAACGCUCCGCCAAGUGGAGCUGGGCAGGACGAGCGGCACCACCAGCGAGCCCCAGUUGGAAACCAUGUUGCGCGAGGAUUCGCGAGUGGCUUUGAGCAGGGACAGUGGUUCCCUGCAGUUCACCAGUGUUCUGGCCAGUGAUGCCGGCCAGUAUCAGUGUCAGCUGGUCAUCGAGGGUUCCGUGGCAGCCAGUUCCUCCAAUGGAGUGGUCACUGUUAUAGAACAACUCAAGUUCAUGCCGCAACCCACGUCAAAGAACUUGGAGCUGGGAACUCUCAGUAAAGUUCACUGCAAGGCGCAAGGAACACCAGCUCCACAAGUUAAAUGGAUGCGGGAAACCCAGCUACCUCUACCUGCGAAUGUGACCGACCAGAAUGGCACGCUGAUCUUCAACCAGGUCAGCAACGAGCAGCGAGGUCAGUACACCUGCAUCGCCUCCAACAGCCAGGGUCAAAUCAGUGCCACCGUGUCCAUCAACGUUGUGGUGGCCCCCAAGUUCAGUGUUCCUCCCGAAGGACCCAUUGAGGUGUUGGAAAGCGGGACAGCCGUAAUCCACUGCCAGGCAAUAGGGGAACCAAAACCCACAAUUCGCUGGGACAAGGAUCUCACUUACUUGAAUGAGAACAAUACGGAUGCGGAUCGCUUUUCGGUGAUGGAGAAUGGAACGCUGGAGAUCCGGAAUGUGCGACCGGAGGACGAGGGUCGGUAUGGCUGCACCAUUGGCAGCAGUGCGGGAUUGAAGCGAGAAGAUGUACUGCUGGUGGUGAAGUCCAGUAAAUCUGCCUCAAACUCGAUAAUCACCAGGAUAAUCAUAGUGAUCAUCUGUCUGGCCUUCCUGUACUUUGUGCUGGUGCUGGGCCUGAAGGUCUGGUACCGCUAUCGCCGUCACCUGGGCAAGGUCCAGUUGGAGGACGGGCAUGCCAAUGGACCCACCGAUGGCCAGGAGCACGAUCACCAGGAGAACGAGCCCUGCCUGACGGAGGCCAACUCCAGCAAGAAUCUGAAGAGCAAGCUGAGGGAGAGCACCAUCCUGGAGCAGGAGUCGCAGGUGGCCGAUGAUAUUGUGUGAGGAGGAGGAGCAGCACUUGCCCUCCGGACACCCUUGUCUGCCACUUUCCAUGAUCUCGGUCACGUGCCCCUCGAGUGUUACUCCGUUUUGUUGUUGAGAAUCAAAAAGGAACUUGUGAAAUCCAACGGAAAUCUAUUUGUAUUUAUAUUUAUCUAGUUUAUGUAACUAUAUGUAUUUAUGCAUGUGUGUGUCUGUGUGUAUAUAUCCCAUGUACAGUUAUUUUUUAGUAGAAUAAAUAUUUUAUGGCUCUCAUAGAGCCCCAUUUUAUA